UGUAAUGGAAUUUAUUGUUCAUGUGGACGAAGAACUUUCUCAUGUUCCUCAAGCAUACCACAACAAGAAACCUGGUAUGACGACAGUAGUUGAACCUGGCAAGGUGGAUUGGCAGAUAAUGGUGAAAAAUUUGCGUUACCAUGGGUACAGAGGGGAAGCAGAUUUGUACUACAUCAAGCCUGGGUGCGUACCACCUGAAGGAAUGGUACAGAUGUCAGGCCAGCAUGACGUCGAUGAAAUGUUGCACGCUUUAGAAGGGAUAAAGAAAUGUCAUUUGUACAUUGUGAAGAAUUGUGCAUUCUUAGAUAAUAGCGAUGAUGACAUGUCUGAACAGGACAUGUCCGAAGAAGACAUAUAUGCAUGUGGGUACAUGGAUAUCGGCGAGAGGGACUUGGGCGAAUAUGGGUCAUCGCCCAAAAGGAAGAAACUUGCAGAUAACAAUCCGAAGAAGGCAUUGGAUUUCGGCAGCAGUGACGAGCCUCUUCAAUAGGCUUUUGGUUUUUCUACAAUUUCAAGCUUUAUAGCUGAACUAUUGUCCCAAGUAGUUUUUUCAUUAUUUUCGAACCAACAAUCACUUCAUUGAAGUGAUUGUGAGACUAUGUUUGCAAUAAUAGGCUUUCAAAUUUGAGUUGUUGCUCAAUUUUUA